AUGGUUAGCUUCUGGAAUCAACCCGUAAUUGCCUCAGCUUCUUGGAAUUGGAGAUGCUUGCUUCGAUUGAGACCUUUGGCAGAGGGUUUCAUUAAAUGUAAUAUUGGCAAUGGUCUUAAUGCGAGCUUCUGGUUUGAUAAUUGGACUCCUCUAGGGCCACUUAUCAAGAGCAUUGGUCUUCAAGGCCCCUGCGACUUAAGGAUUCCACUUCACGCUAAGGUCUCUGAUGCGUGCGACUCCUAUGGCUGGAUUCUUGCCUGCCCGCGUACGGACCAAGCCAUGCGCCUUCAUGUCCACCUAACUACCAUUUCAAUCCCUUGCCCGGCUAAAGGUUCUGAUUCCUAUGAUUGGGUGGUGGAUAAUAAAGUGUGUAAUGGUUUCAGUUCUUCUAAAACUUGGGAGAUUCUUAGACCGAGAACAGAGGUCGUGAACUGGCAUAACUCUGUUUGGUUUAAAGGGGCCACACCAAAGCAUGCCUUCACCUUUUGGACUGCUAAUUUGGACCGCCUUCCUACCAGAGCAAGACUGGUUCGAUGGGGAAUGAAUCUUUCUUCGAUUUGUGGCUUCUGCUCCUCUCAGUCAGAAACUAGAGACCAUCUUUUCUUAUCCUGUGAUUUUGCUCUUUUCUUAUGGAAUGGGGUAAGCAAAAAGCUGGAUAUGCCACCCAUUAACUUUGGAUCUUGGAAUCAUUUGCUUGCUUGGAUGUGCGCUGAUAGCAGGAGAGCCCCCCGGACGCUCCGCAAGCUUGUCGUUCAGGCUAUUAUCUACGCUAUUUGGAGACAGCGAAACAACCUUUACCACAACCUUAUUCAUGUGCCUCCUUCGGUAAUAUUUAAGGAAGUGGACCGUGGGAUUCGAAACUCAAUCACUGCAAGGAAGCUCAAUAAGCAAUUCAAAAAACUUAUGCGUCUUUGGCUGCACUGA